UUUGAAAGGCGUAUGUCUUAACAUCCUGCACUUUGUUAAGAAGUAGCCAACAGCAACUCAUGCACAGUUCUCUCCUCAUUUUGUGAAUACUUCAAGAUCAAAAAGAAUCCUCUCACAGCUGGACAGAUGGACUUAAAGCCUCAAAGUGCCUCACAAAUUGCAGGAAUUGUGGUGGUGAACAUUAUUUGGUGGAUGGUAAUGGUAGCAGCCAUUGGACUGGGGGCCACACAUCUGGGAAGCUGUACUGUGCAACCCCACAUCCCCAUUUAUCUGAUAGUGCUGGGGGCAACCAGCAUCCUCUCACUGUCUCUGACCUACACCAGCAGUGCCUUUGACAGUGGUCCGGUCUACGUUCUGUCCACAGCCUCUAUGACAGUUCUCCACAUCUUCAGUUUUGGCUGGUUCAUAGCAGGUACCAGUUGGGUUUAUUCUGUCUAUCCUCCAAAUUACUUACCUGGAAAGGAUCCGUACUGCCACAAGGUGACCUACCAGUUUGCAUUUGUUGUCACUACACUGGUGUGGGCCACCAUGUGUCUCGUUUUUGUCUGCGGUUGUUGCUUCGGCCUCCUGAUCUGCUGCAGGACUGUAUUUGCUAGUCGUCACUUGAUACCCAACCGAGGUAGUUUCUAUGGUGCAAUACAUGAGUCUGCUGGUGAUGUGUGAUUUAAAUCUCGGAUUAUGUCUUCAUCAGAUGUUUGAGGAAAUUAUAUUGAAAUGAUCUUUUUGGCAGUAAUGCAGUUUUUGCUCCUCCUUCUGAGGACUGAUUUUUAGUAUGUCUGAGAGUUAUUAAAGUU